AUGUCGGAGGACCAGCCAGCAGGCGAGCAGGGCGAAGGCCUCGAGUCUGCUGUCGACUUCUCGCCAGAGGCGCUGGAAGAACUGACCAAGGACGUCCUCGACAACCUGCUCACCAACAUCGUCGCCACCACGGUGCUGGCAUGCCACCGCUCCGAGAAGCUGCUGCGCAUGCAGUCGGCCGCCACCCAGGCUGAGUCCAUUGCCCUCUCCCACCUCGAGCCGCUGUCGCAGAAGCAGGCCUCGGCCAGCCAGCCGUCGAUUCCCGCCGCCGACACGCCCGCCGCCAAGUACGAGAACGGGCGCGUGUUCCUCAAGGGCAACCCGCUCAAGACGACGCCCGAGAUCAUAUGUCCGCACUGCAAGCUGCCGCGCCUCAUGUACCCCAUCACGGGAAAGGGGAUGCAGAACCCAGACCUGACCAAGGAGUACUGCAUGUUGUAUCCGUGGGUGCAGCGAUCCGGCCAUGACGUCUACGGCAACCCGUUCCCGACCGACAUGGCGAAGAGCAAGAAGGAGCGCGAGCUCAUCAAGCAGCAGCAGAAGAACGCCGAGAAGGAGAGCGUGGGCACGCCAGGCUCACAGGACACAGACAUGGCGGGUGGCGAGAAGGAGAUCAAGCUCAACACGGGCGGGAAACCAGCGUCCUACAUCCCCUGGCACACAUGUCCAAACUGCAAGCGCAGUCUGCUCAUCACGCGCUUCGCCCAGCACCUCGAAAAGUGUCUGGGCAUCAGCGGCCGCCAGAGCUCGCGCAACGCAAUGGCCAAACUCGUCGGCCACAACGGCACCGGCUCAGGCCUUGGCAACACACCACUCGGAAGUCGCAUGGGCACGCCAGCCCCCAACUCUCAAGACACAACAAUCUUCAAAUCGAAGUCCAAGGGCAUCAGCCCCAUCAAGAAGUUCAGCAGCCAAAACGACGACGACGACGAUCUCGGCGACGACACCCCCGAACGCAGGCGAAAGAAGCGAUCCUCGUACAUCAAGAAGGCGGAUCGCGACAAAACGACGCUGAAGGUUAAGCUCAAGACGGGCAGACCAGACCUCGACAGGAAAGUUAGCGAGUCGAGCGAGCGGAGCGAGGGCAAGAGAGACCGCGAAGACGACGGCGAGGACCGCCCCAUAAAGAAGAAGAUCAAGCUCAACAUGGGCAAGGCCGACAGGCGCAUGGCGAGCGAGAGCGUGGAGCCUGGGGAGUAG